UUUCAAAGGGAGAGAGAACUCUUUUUCUACACUCUAUCUCUCUGAUCCCCAACGGUUCUCAAGCGAUACAAGGUAUUUAGAGAGAAUGCAAACAACAACAAAAACAACAAACACCAAAUCUGCUCACCCCGAAACCUAUAUAGAAAACCAACAACAGGAAAAAAGCACCGUAUCGGUUCCAGUUCUCUGCUUUGGACCUUUCUUUUGGCCCCUUCUCUCCCUCGAUACUCACAACAACACAACCUCUUCUCUCUCUCUCUACAUGCACACAACAACUCCAACCACAACCACAGCAACAAACGACUCUCCAACGUAGUAACAAAUGAAAACGGUCUCACCCUUCACAACUUCACGUUUAUUCAUUCAUUACUUCCCCAAAGUCAAAAUACAUCUCUCUUUUCACAUCCAAAACCCCACCUAUUCCCCCACAUACUUUUAUUUUAUCAUUUUGCUUAUUGCCAUUUAUUAACACUUUUUUUUUUCCAUGACUAAUGUCUCGCUACAUCGUUUUUAUUUGCAAAAUUUACGAGUCUAGUAUUAUUCGAAGAAAUCCAACGUUUGUGUCCCACACCAACAUUGCUUCACCUUUCACAUGCCACACUUUCUUCUUAAACCCACCACUUCCUCUUCCACUAGCUAGCUAGAUAAAUCUCUCUCUUUCUCUUUCUCGCUUUCUCGCUUUCUCUUUCUCUAUCUAUCUAUUUCUUUUUCUCUUCUCUUCUCCCUGUGCUUGUGUGCCAUUAAUUGAUUUUGUGUGUGAAUGGUGCUGGGAAGAAUGGUGCAGGAGCAGCACCGGGGAGAGCGAGAGAAACGGCCUAAGUUCUUCAUAAACGACAACAUAGACAUUCUUCGGGAAAUCCUGAAACGACUCGACGGACCCUCGCUGGGUGUGGCGGCGUGCGUGUGUCGUCUGUGGUGCAGCCUCACGCGCAACGACGACUCUCUCUGGGAGCAUCUCUGCUUCCGCCACGUCUCCACGGCGUCGGUGCGCGCGGUGGUGGUGGCCUUGGGCGGCUACAAGCGUCUCUACAUGGUGUGCGUGCGACCGGUGCUGAGUCGACUCGGAGAGUCGGAGCGAGUUAGGAAGCGAGUGUGGACUCGGCAUGAGGUGCAGCUCUCGCUCUCGCUCUUCUGCAUUGACAGCUACGAGAGGCUCGGAAGUGGAAGGAUCGCCAGCGACGCAUCCGCAUCGUCCCUCAUGUUCCUCUGCAACACCAUCAACGUCUGAUCUCAUCUCAUUUUUGCGCCUUCGGUAUUAUUAUACACCAAAUUAAAAAAUAUCACUAAUUUCUUUGUUUAUUCUAUCUCUUAAUUUCCUCAUAUCAUAGUUGAAUUAGGACAUAUCAAUAAAAAAAAAUGCUUGUAA